AUGACGAGCUUCUCCUCCAUGUCCCUGUACGCCUUGACGGUGAAGCAGCCCACAGCCACACAGGACGCCAUCUCCGGCGACUUUCUCGGAAACGGAAAGCAGCAAAUUCUCACAGCGAGCGGCUCACGGCUAGCUAUCCUGGAGGUCUCGCGGCGGCAGAAGGGCUUUCAAGAGCUCUACUCGCAGGAUGUCUUUGGCAUCAUUCGCCGCAUCGCCAAGUUCAGGAUCGCGGGCGGAACCAAAGACCAUAUCGUCAUAACCACCGAUUCAGGACGGUUAGUCACGUAUGAGUACAUGCCAGACGAGCACACCUUCAAGACGGUCCACUUCGAGACGUUCGGCAAGUCUGGAAUACGACGCGUAGUGCCGGGCGAGUAUCUGGCAGCCGACCCGAAAGGGCGCGCUAUCAUGAUCGCCUCGACGGAGAAGAACAAGCUUGUCUACAUUCUCACCCGAAGUGGCCAGACGGACAUCGCCAUCUCCUCACCGCUAGAGGCACACAAGCCACAGACGCUAGUGUACUGCCUCAUCGGGCUUGAUGUCGGAUACGACAACCCCAUGUUCGCUACUCUCGAGGUGGACUACUCCAACUCCGAGACCGAUCCUACCGGCGAAGCGUACGACGAGAUCAAGAAGGAGCUGGUAUACUACGAGCUGGAUCUUGGUCUGAACCACAUCGUUCGGAAGUGGUCAGAGCCAGUUGAUCGGACUGCCAAUACCCUCUUCCGCGUACCGGGAGGUCCAAACGCUCCAAGCGGUGUCCUGUGCUGUGGAGAGGACAGCAUCACAUACCGCCGUAUCUUCAACAACAAAUCAAGCGUCCACCGAUUGGCCAUUCCGCGUCGGGAGGGAGCUACCGAAGACCCCAACCGUAAGCGCAUGAUCGUUGCUGGUACCCUGUACUCUCUGAAGGGCGGCGAUUUCUUCUACCUCCUACAAACAGAAGAUGGCGACGUCUUCAAGCUUACAGUGGAAGCAACCAAUGGCACAGUCGACAAGAUCAAGAUCAAGUACUUUGAUACUAUUCCUGUCGUCACUAGCAUCUGCAUUCUCAGGGCAGGUUUCGUGUAUGCUGCCUGCGAAUCUGGAGACCGCAUCCUGUACGAGCUCGAGUCGUUGGGAGACGAGACAGAGGACCCCGUGUUCGAGAGUGACCAGUUCCCUGUCGAUCCGGAGACUGCUUUCGCGCCUCCUUUCUUCAAGCCUCGAGCCCUAGUCAACCUCACCGCGGUAGAGUCGAUGGCCAGUUUGAACCCGAUCAUGGGUAUGGAGGUUGCUAACCCUGCUCUCGAAGACGCGCCACAGGUUUACACGAUCAAUGGUACAGGAGGCCGAAGUUCGUUCCGCACCACCAGGAAUGCGCUGGAGGUUUUGGACCUCAUCGAGUCGCCUUUGCCGCAAAACGCGUCAGAUGUUUGGACUACAAAGCUCACCAGCGAAGACGAGACUGACACCCUCAUCGUCAUGUGCCUUCACAGCAGAACAUUAGUUCUGAAAAUCGGCGAUGAUGUCGAGGAAGCAUCUAACACUGGCUUCCUCCCAGAUACAAACACGCUCGGUGUGCAACAAUUUGGUGAGGACUGUAUCAUCCAGAUUCAUCCCAAGGGUAUCCGCCACAUUCAGGGCAUCCAGUUUCCCAACGAAGAUGCGAGCGCGACACAUGCUAGUUUGACCGAUUGGCAACCUCCAGCCCAUCGUACCAUUGUAGCCUGCGCUACAAACAACCGACAGGUUGCCAUUGCGCUGAGUUCAGGCCAGAUCUUGUACUUUGAGUGCGACUCCGAUGGUUCACUUGCCAUGGCCGAGGAGGAGAUUGCCCUGGACAGCACCAUCAACUGCCUGGCGAUGCCCGAUGUCCCAGAGGGUAGCGUGCGAGCUUUCUUCUUGGCUGUUGGCUGUAGCGACCAGACCGUCCGGAUAUUCAAUCUGAGUCCUGACAUGGAGGGCAAUAUCCUACGAAGCAUCUCUGUCCAAGCUCUUACAUCACCGCCGAGCGACCUGACCAUCAACCUCAUGACAGACAAGUCGCCCCGUGGAUACAGCCAGUUCUUGCACAUUGGUCUGCGAAGCGGUGUAUACAUUCGAUCAGUACUGGAUGAGAUGACUGGAGACAUCGGUGACACCCGGAGGCGCUUCCUUGGCCCCGAGCCUAUCAAGUUUGCGAAGGUGACUGUUGCCGGCGAACCUGCUAUCCUCGCAAUGACCUCAAGGCCAUGGCUAGGCUACACCCAUCCCCGGACCGGCGUAUUGCAGCUGACACCCUUGAACUACAUCCCUUUCAAGUCCGCUUGGAACUUUGAUGGUUCUCAAUUCAAGGGAAUCAUCUGUGUCAGCGCUAAUGAGUUACGAAUCUUCACCUUCAACGACUUGACGGACAACACGACCUACGAGAACAUACCACUCAAGUACACCCCCAGGAAGAUGGUCGGAUGGCACGACCAGGGUGUCUUCUACGUGAUCGAGAGCGAUAACAACACUAUCAGCGCCGAUAGACGCCAACAUCUGAUAGCACAUGCUGGUGUAAAGAAGGAAGAGACCGACAGCACCAACGGCUCCAUGAAGACUGAGGAUGUCGAUGGUGAUACGGCAAACGGCACAACCGAUGGCGACGAACUCCCAGCGAUCGACUUUGGAUAUCCAAGGGCGCAAGGCAGCUGGGCCUCUUGCAUCCAAGUUGUCGACCCUGUGAGCGAGAAGACCGUCACCCACACAGUGGAGCUCAACGGCAACCAGUCACUUGUCAGUGCUGCUUUGGUCUUCUUUGAGAGCCGCGGUGACGAAGCAUUCCUAGCUGUCGGUACUGCUAAAGACUUGAGCUUCAACCCCUUCAAAUACACAUCUGCUUCUAUACAGGUGUACAAGAUUAACCCCACUGGCCGCGAGUUGGAGUUCUUCCACGAGACCGAGGUCAGCGAUCCACCUCUAGCGCUACUGGCUUUCAAAGGAAAGCUUAUCGCUGGUGUUGGUCGUCACCUGUGUCUUUACGACUGUGGCAUGAAGUCGGUCCUCCGUAAAGCUCAGGCCCCGAACUGCGUAGCCACACGUAUUACCGAUCUCAAGACCCAAGGCAGUCGACUUGUUGUUUCCGACCAGGCGCAAUCCGUCACCUACGUUGUACACAAGGACCAAGUCCACCCCAACCGUCUCAUUCCUUUUGUGGAUGACACCAUCGCCCGUCAUACCUCCGCAUCAGAAAUGCUGGACUACGAUACCACAGUCGGUGGUGACAAGUUCGGUAAUAUCUGGCUCGUGCGCUGCCCCCAGAAGGUUUCCGAGUCUUCAGACGAAUCGCCCGACGGCUCCGACCUACUAGUAGACAAGGGCUACCUGGGCGGUACACCGAACCGUCUUGACCUCAUCGCACACUACUUCACAAACGACAUUCCUGUCUCGAUACAAAAGACGGUUCUCCUGUCUGGUGGUGAGCGCAUCAUCUUCUGGGCCGGUCUCCAAGGCACUCUUGGUGCACUCAUCCCCUUCAACUCCCGCCGACAACACAAGAUGUUCCAGCAACUGGAGCUCCAACUUCGGUCGGACGAUAAGCCUUUGUCUGGCCGGGAUCAUCUCGCCUUCCGCAGCUACUUCGCGCCGGUCAAGAGCGUCAUUGAUGGCGAUCUGAUCGAGCGCUUCUUAGUACUGUCACGCGACAAGCGGGAGAGCAUCGCUGGGCAGAUGACGGGUGCGGAAUGGACCCCCAGCAUGAUUGAUGAAGCGAUCUGGAACAUGCGGGGUCUCUAUGCCUUCUAG